CUAAUAUUUCUUUGUAAACAUUGAAACGUAGUUAACGUUUAUACAUAGCUGUUAUGGAUAUGAAUAGACCCUAAAAGAAAAAAAUGGCAACAUAUAAGCAUGAUCCAAAUACUGAAGAUGUAUUAGAUUCAAGUGAAGAUGAGGAGGACAAUUCAAGUCGGUUUGCUUCAGUUCGCGGACAUAUGUCUUCAGUGCGUUCAAAUGAAAGAAGCAGAGCGUCAAUUUCAAGUUUCUUCACUGUCAAAGGUUCUAAUGAUAAAGAAAGCAAUGUUUACAGUGAAAUAGAAGAUGCUGAUGUUAUUGACAAAACAGAUCACCAGCCUUUCACUGGUCACGUAAAUAGAACGGAGGUGGAUAUAAUUAAAGAGAAAAAUGAAAAACUAUGUUUUAAAUGCAAAACAGCAGAGGCAAUCCAUUUCUGCAGAACCUGCAGAUACGGACGUCAAUAUAUGUGUUAUGAUUGUCUUCAAGGUCACGACGAUUGGAUUGAUGGCCAUGAUGUUGUCAUAUUAUCGGUGGAUAUUGAAGGAAAUUUGGACCAACAGCCCGAAGACUUAAAUAAAUUAGGAAUGAGCAAAGAAGCAAACUUCAACCGUCUUAAAACAUCAAAAAUCUCUCGACAACCUUUAAAUGUUGACAGUGAUGAACAAGAUGAUGAGAACGAAGGACAGAAUACUGAAAAUGAAAUGCCUCCCUAUAAAGAGGGUCAAGCUAUCAGCAAGAGAUUUUACAAGGACGAGUUAUAUCCAAGCAUAGCACACGAGCUCAGAACAAAGCAGCGUUGUAGAACUGACGGUCAACUUCAAAAGUACGGAAUGUACUCGAUACGAGUUCUGAUACAAAGACAUGUGCUAUUACAGGGAUAGUUCAGCUAGAGAAUGAAAAGAUGUUACUAGCUGACUCUGAAAACUGUAAUCUUAAAAUUCUGAAUGAAGAAACUUUUAAGAUUAUUGUUUCUCGUGAACUACCUAGUAAUCCAUACUUAAUGUCCUUCGCUAAAGAAAACAAGGUUAUCAUCGCAUGUAUAAACUCCGAGUUUUACUUAGUCGAUUUCGCGGACGACAAAGACAUUCAGAAAUUGUUUGAAAUCAAACAUUUGUUUAAAUGUAUUGCUUUUGCUAGAGAUGAAGUAUGGGGAUGCACUUCUGACACAAUUGAGGUAUAUAGCGUUACAGGCGCAGAAAUCACAAAGUUUAAACCAACAGGUGUUACCAAUAUUGAGGACAUGUGUGUAAGCAAAGAAGGAGACAUUAUUUAUUGUGCUGACGAGAAGAAAGGUAUAGUUGCUAUUAACAAACAUGGAACUGUUGUAGAUAUCAUAUCGGAAAAUUUAUGUAAACCUCAUCGAGUGUGUCUUAGUCCAGAAGGCUACAUUUUUGUGACCGAGAAAAAUACUGACAGAGUAAUGAAAGUGGAUAUACAGCGAAAGGAUGCGAUACAAAUUGGACGAGAAGAUGUGUAUACAAACAACAGCCCUAUUUCUUUGUGUCAUGAGAAGACAAACAAUAGACUUAUAGUUGCUUUGUGGCAAAGUGACAAAAUUCAUGUUUAUACUUGCCCAUGAUAUAUUUGAAGGAUUGACAGUAUAGACAAUA